GGGCUGCUGGAGGCCUGGAGGGCGGAGGCUGGAGCACCCUGGUGGCCGCAUGCGGUGGCCGGGCCAAUUAUCUCCGCUGGGUAACGUUAAUAUGCCUUUGCAUCACAGCAUUUAAUAUUGCCUCAUUCCUGUCCAUUGAAAGGCUCAGUGCAAUUCAACCGAAAGAGAAUAACCAGACACUUGUGAUUGAAAUUCCACGCCAUUCAGGAUCACCCCAAGCAGUCCAACCACUCGACACCAUGACGACCACAGUUCUCGCAGGAAGCACAGGGCUGGUCGGCUCCUUCAUCCUUGAUACUCUCACCAGCCUCCCCGCCAUCAAGCAAAUCUAUGCCUACACCCGCCGCGACCUCCCCACCUCAUCCCCCAACGUCACUUCCCUCACCUCCAGCGACCCCUCCACCUGGCCCUCCUCCUUCCCUACCACCCCCGUCCCCCAACUCUUCCUCUCUGGCCUCGGCACCACCCGCGCCGCUGCCGGCAGUCUCGAGAACCAGCGAAAAAUCGACCUGGACCUGAACCUCGCGCUCGCGAAGGCGGCGAAGGCCGCGGGGGUGGACACGUAUGUGCUGAUUUCGUCGACUGGGGCGAACGCGAGCUCGCGGUUUCCUUACAUAAAGAUGAAGGGGGAGUUGGAGGAGGCGGUGAUGGGGUUGGGGUUUAAGCAUGUGGUGUUGGUAAAGCCGGGGAUGAUUCUGGGGGACCGGAAGGAGACGCGGGUGGUGGAGUGGGUGAUCCGGACGUUCGGGAGGGGGUUGGGGAGCGUGAGUACGGCGUUGACGGAUUCGUGGGCGGCGGAGGCGAGGGUGAUUGGAAGGGCGGCGGUGAGGGCUGGGUUGGAUUGUGUGGAGGGGAAGAGGGAGGAGGGGGUGUGGGAGUUGGGGCAGAGUGAUAUUAUCAGGUUGGGGAGGACGGAGUGGAAGGAGACGUAGUUGGAGGAUGUUUCGAAAUGGUCGGGGGACGUGAACGAUGAUUCGAGCUCAACCGGAGACUGUAGGACUGUACGAUUUGAUUUUAGGUCGUUGGUGCAAUAAUGUAGCUCAUGCCACAAUCAUAAUGCUUAAUAAAAUGUACGAUAUAAACAACGCUUCAAGGUACUAUAUACAAUCAUCC